AGCUAAGACACAGUUGGCCACAGUCCGUCAUGGAGGCAACAUCUCUGACGCACCUGCCCCUCCUGGCCACCAUGGUUACCCUACGAGUGUUUCUCCUUCACGUGGUCACGACUGAGCAGGUCGACGCCUCACUCGCCCAUCAGCUCGUGCGGAGGAUGAGACAGUACUCUGGCCAAGGAGGCGACAUGGAUGAGCACAGCAGCGAGGAUGUACAGAGUGAUAAUGGGGCCAAACACAGCGGGGUGGAGGUGCUGGUGAGCCAGGUGGCAGAGGAACACUUGAACGGGUGUUGCCUGAUGGUGGCGACGGAAGGCCAUCACCCUGACACCACUCGUCUCCUCAGGACGCUGGCUAAAACAGGUUAUACUAGUGUGUUAGUGGACGCUGAUCUGGCUAUGGCGUCCACUAGCUCAAAGAAUGACGCCCUCCUUCACCAACUGAGAGACUGGGAACAUAAAAUUUCUUGCUGCGCCCUUGUUCUGUACCUGAACGAUAACUCCUCCAGCACCGUCGCCUUCAGGUUCCUGCAGGCUGUGGGGGUGUGGCGUUGGCCUGAGACGAGGGUGCUGGUGGUGGGACCCGAGUCUAGAGUACAGCUCCUCCUACGUCACGAGUCUCUGAGGAACACCAUCCACAUCCUCUACUUCGUCCCAACGCCUCUAACUUCUGACACCAAACCAUUAGUCACUGACGUUGAAGGUGAUGACGCAGGUGAUAACUAUAAUAACACAGCCUCCACGGUGUACAUAUAUGAGCGUUGUCUCUACUGCCGUGACGGGUCGCCUGAUGUGGUGCCCCUGGGAUUGUGGGACAGUCACAGAGGUUACCAUAACACCGUCCAUCUCUUUAAAAAUCCGUUUGCGGACAUGGGUGGCCACAAGCUGCGAGUGGUGGGUUUGUCGUUCUUCCCGUUCAUCAAGUAUGACCGUGAAGGACCUGAGGCUGGAUCGACUGUCACCCCCCACGACUGUCUCGACCACCGGAUGCUUCAGGAAAUGUCAGAACGACUAAACUUUACAUUUGAGGUCCGUUUGCCGGUGGACGACCAAUGGGGAACGCUGGAUAGUAACGGAUCCUGGACGGGGAUGGUGGGCACACUGGCUAUGGAGAAGGCCGACAUAUCCUCCUGUCUCUUCAGUUCGCAGGCCAGGAAUAAAGUCAUUCGCUUCACCAGGACCUACGCCCCCGAGCCCUUGGUGAUAGUGACUCAUAAGCCACUACCUCUACCGCAGUACCUAGCUGUGAUCAAGCCUUUCAAACCGCUGGUAUGGUUAACAUUGAUGGUAGCGUGUAGUGUGGCUGGGAUGUUCUUCUGGCUCCUCCAACAAGGAACAUCACAUCAUAUUAAAAAGCUCCACAAUUUCAACCUCGUCGAGUCUGUCUACCAAACCAUCGGUAUCCUUCUGGAGCAAACACCCUUCAGACAUCCCAGCAGCUUGAAUGGGCGUAUGUGGGUGGUGUGGUGGAGUAUGUUCAGCCUGAUCCUCGUCACCAUGUAUCGUUCGUCUCUUGUGGCCAACCUGACGGCACCGGAGAUAGGUGUACCGGUCAACACCAUCAAGCAGCUCUUACAACAAGACGGGUGGACGUGGGGGAUAGAACCUGGUUAUGGCUUGGGUUGGAAUUUCCUCAAGUUCAGCAACAACACCGAUGUAAAACGAGUGUUUGCCAGGCUCGAGGUGUUGGAGGCUGACGAGCAGAUACGCCGGAUGAUGGAGGGUCGUCAUGCCUUCUUCACCUGGAAGAACUACGCCAAGACGCUUAUCUCUGCCAAGUACACGGAUGAUUUUGGCUACUCUCCUCUGUAUGUUAGUCUUAACGGGUUUACUCCUGGCGGCUGUGGCUGGGGGUGUAGGAUAGGGGCGCCCUUCUUACGGUCAUUGGACACCCUGAUGCAUCGCCUCCUACAGAACAGGCUGGUACACGUCUGGCUACAGGACCUGUUCUUAGUUACAGCCCUGGAAGCUAGGAGAAGCGGGUCAAACACGCCUUCCUCCUCCGUGACUUCAAGGGACGUGGUGCUAAAGCUGUAUCACCUGCAGAGCGCCUUCUACCUGUACUUCUUGGGGCUCAGUUUUGCCCUUCUCACCUUCAUCCUAGAAUUUCGACCUCUCAUACGACAUCACAUAACCACCUACUGCCAGCGAUGAUGGCUUAACUGCUCUGUGUGAACGAUGGAGGGUGUAAAACUGUGCUCUCUCUCUCUCUCUCGUUUUUACCAUGCAUUAAGUAGUAGUGUCAACAACAGAGCUCAUCGAAUGUACAGUUAAUAACGAUGUGUUGUUAUCAUGCUCUUAAAAUUGUGCAAAUUAGUCGAGUGUAAAAAUAAACGUAACCCAUUGUUACGAGUUGGGGAUUUAGAAUAUAGUUAAAAGUCUACCCAGAUCCCAACAGGCAACAACAACAAAAAAACAA